UGCGUAAUGACGUUUCAGUCUCCUGCAGACCCCGGAAGUGCAACACUAACUUGGUCGGGGCGCGGAUCCCGAGAGGGAAAGUCGCAACAACCGCACGAGGGAGUUCGACUGGCGAACUGGAAGGCCACGCCUCCUCCCGCCUGCCCCCUCAGCCCUGUAGCUGGGGGCAGAGCUCAGACUGUCUUCUGAAGAUUGAUGUCUAUUUCCUUGAGCUCUUUAAUUUUGUUGCCAAUUUGGAUAAACAUGGCACAAAUCCAGCAGGGAGGUCCAGAUGAAAAAGAAAAGACUACAGCACUGAAAGAUUUAUUAUCAAGGAUAGAUUUGGAUGAACUAAUGAAAAAAGAUGAACCGCCUCUUGAUUUUCCUGAUACCCUGGAAGGAUUUGAAUAUGCUUUUAAUGAAAAGGGACAGUUAAGACACAUAAAAACUGGGGAACCAUUUGUUUUUAACUACCGGGAAGAUUUGCACAGAUGGAACCAGAAAAGAUACGAGGCUCUAGGAGAGAUCAUCACAAAGUAUGUAUACGAGCUCCUGGAAAAGGAUUGUAAUUUGAAAAAAAUAUCUAUUCCAGUAGAUGCUACCGAGACUGAACCAAAGAGUUUUAUCUAUAUGAGUGAGGACGCUUUGACAAAUCCACAGAAACUGAUGGUUUUAAUUCAUGGUAGUGGUGUUGUCAGGGCAGGUCAGUGGGCGAGGAGACUUAUCAUAAAUGAAGAUCUGGACAGUGGCACACAGAUACCGUUUAUUAAGAGAGCUGUGGAUGAAGGAUAUGGAGUAAUAGUACUAAAUCCCAAUGAAAACUAUAUUGAAGUAGAAAAACCGAAGAUACAUGUGCAGUCAUCAUCUGAUAGUUCAGAUGAACCGGCAGAAAAACGGGAAAGAAAAGAUAAAGUUUCUAAAGAAACAAAGAAGCGACGUGAUUUCUAUGAGAAGUAUCGUAACCCCCAAAGAGAAAAAGAAAUGAUGCAAUUGUAUAUCAGAGAAAAUGGUUCUCCUGAAGAACAUGCAAUCUAUGUUUGGGAUCAUUUCAUAGCUCAGUCUGCUGCUGAGAAUGUAUUUUUUGUUGCUCACAGCUAUGGGGGACUUGCUUUUGUUGAACUGAUGAUUCAACGAGAAGCAGAUGUAAAAAAUAAGGUAACUGCUGUGGCAUUGACAGACUCUGUUCACAAUGUGUGGCAUCAAGAAGCUGGCAAAACGAUUCGAGAAUGGAUGAGAGAGAACUGUUGUAAUUGGGUCUCUAGCUCUGAACCAUUAGAUACAUCAGUGGAGUCCAUGCUACCUGAUUGCCCCCGGGUUUCAGCAGGCACCGACCGUCAUGAGCUAACUUCCUGGAAAAGCUUCCCAUCUAUUUUCAAAUUCUUUACCGAAGCCUCAGAGGCCAAGACCAGCUCCCUGAAGCCAGCUGUGACGCGCCGCUCGCACCGCCUCAAGCACGAAGAGCUGUAAGAGGAGCUAGCGCGACGGGGGAGGCCGCCGGGAGCCGCCCCGACGCACGCACCCGCACGCCUCCUCACUGCUUUUGUCGUCGAGCGGACUCCCAGCCCCUCAUUAGAUUGUUUUCUUCCCAGAGCACAGGGUCGUGAUAUAUACAUCUAAAUAGCGUUUUGCAUUAUUUCUAGAUGAGUGCAACUGUCAAAGCAAUAUGGGUUCACUGGUUGUGCUUCCUGCGGGCUGAGCGCGGGCUGAGCGCUGCCCGAGCGCUGCCCGUCAGCGCUCAGAUUAAGGCUGACAGCGCCCUGCCUGGCGCGGCCGGCGCGGCUCUAAUUGCCCUGACGGAGUCCGUGCGGGCGCUGCGGGGCGAGCGGCGUCGGCGCGGUCCUAGCGCCCGCCGCAGCGCAGCCGCUGCUGCUUCCCCCUCUUUAAUCAUGUCCAUCUUUCCCCGCUCUCAACCAGAGCAAACUUUUAUUCCAGACUUCAGAUUUCCAUUUUAAAUAGGUUUUUCCCUGAGGACAUCUUAUUACCCCUCGCUUUUUUUUUUUUUUUUAGGAAGUUCUGCACACACACCCCAAGCCAAUUUCAAAUUCAGAACAUGAAUGCAAUGAUGUAGCAGGUAAUUUGGGGAGAGUAAAUUGUUCUCUCCCUGUUUUCCUUUAGGGACCAGAAAAAAAAAGAAAAAACUUUGCAUAAAAAUCUAUAAAGUACUGAAUCCGCAUUACUGCUGAAAAUCCUUUUGCCAGCUGAUUGUGAGAGUUUACACAAGUUUCUGAUUUCAGAAAAGACUUAAAACCAAAACAAUGAUGGGCAGAUCUUUUAAUUGUAGGUGUGUAAAGUCCCAUUUUCAGUGGAAUUUCCAACUGUUGUCGCUGGAAUUGACUUUACUUUUUAAAUACAUAAUGUGUACUGAGUGGUACUGUAAUUUAGAUGUAACACACUUAAGUUUUGCUUUUCAAAUCUCUCUGUGGAGAAAGAUUGUUGUUAAUCCUUUCCAGAAUGAUCUAUUCUGAGCUUUCCUGGAGUUAGGCUCUUCUAGGGAUAGAAUUUUUUUAUUGUCAUCAAGAAACUAAACCUGUGUGCUCUGCAGCCUUUUUCUUCUGAAAGGCUAAGUGGGACUAAAAUGAUCCUUUUAGUUUCCUGCUUUAACAAGAAGAGAAAGACUUGGUGUGAAAUAAUUUCUUCUCUCAGUCCAAUGGUAUAAUUUUUAGCACUCCACUUCCUCUGUAGGGUUUAGCCCUACAAUUUUAACAAUUAAGUAUUUUAUUCCAGCGAAGAUGUGGCCAACACUGUGAAAUACAAGAGAUGUUAAGGUUUUGCUGACUUUUGAUUAAGAUAUUAAAUUUUCACAUUAUUUUUUAAUUAUUUAACAAAUUUAAUUAUCUAGUAAAGAUUGUUUCUAAUACACGAGAACCUGAAUUUAAUAUUUUCAUCCUUUUUUAAAGUGUAUGCAACAACUAAUAUGCCUGCCUUAUGUACCCAAAAUGACUUAGAACUGUCUAAUGCCUCAGAAAAGUAACUUAAAAUCAGCCACCUCGUGCAUAAAUGUUUUUAUAUUGUGAACCAAUUUCAACAAGUUUAAAAACUGUUAAUAUCUCAUUGCUGUGUUUGACAUACAAGUACAUUCAUUAGUUCUAUAGUUUUAAUGAUGACAAAGUGAUCUGUUUUCAGUAGUCAUGUCUGCAUAUCUUUUGGUGUUAUUUAAGCAGAAUCAACUAUAGGAGGAAAAAUCAUUUUAUUCAGCUAGUGGAUGACUUAAAAUGAGUAAGCCUCAACAACGUGAAGCACAUUUGUCUAUGAUAUUGACCCUUUUUAUCUGAUCUUUACUAUUUUAGAAGUAGUGGUGAACUGUGUAAAAUAAUGUCAUCUUCCAGUGAGAAAUUCAAGAAUUGAUGUGGAUUGAAUAUAUUUUUCAAGGUGUUAUAUUGUGUCGUGUUAUCAGUAUAUGAAAAUGUUCACAGGAAACCAUUUUAUAACAUUAAAAAAAACACUUGUGCAAGGCUAAAUUUGUGAAGCUUCUUCACCUGAAUCAGAGCAAAAUAAAUAUACUCAGUUAUAAACCAAAUCACUCCUAUUCCUUCUCUCAAAUCAUCUCUCCUCUUUUUAAACCUUUAGCUAGAAUAAAUCACUAUUUAAUUGCCUCUAAUACUUUAAAACUACUGGAUGGUUAGGCCUUGUUUAACUAUCUAUAGAGAGCUAUUUGCAAACUUAAGUUGUGUAAAUGUAAUUUCUACUUGUGAAUCUGAGCUGUAGCAGCCCAGAGGGAGCUGGGCAAACCAUUUUAGACCACCAACUGGUAAGUGAUCCGAUUCUUUGUAAUGUAGGAUUUUUUUAACCUGUUGAUUAUGGGUUUGUUGAUAUAAAUGUAAUAAUACUGUUCACCUCUAUUUUCGUGGAGUAACAACCAGCAGUUGGUAGUAGCCCACCUGCCUGAGGGUGGCCAGUGUUAACAAUAUUUUUGCUCUGAUCUUCCCCAUUUUUGUUUUCUCAAACAGGUUUUUAGGAGAGUGGAGAUUUAAAGUCAGGAUGUGGGCUUUUUAUUUAAUUAUAUACUUAAUUCUUAGAACAAGUAGAAUAGGAAAGGAAUGACUGAUAAGUCUAAGAUUCAAAAUAGUCCUGUCGAAACUUAAAGGCCAGAUUAUUGCUUUGGAGCUUUCUGAGGUACCUAGCCAUCCAGUUGUUAAACGUUUUCAUGGAUAUUUGAAAAGAAGACCAUGUACUUGUAAUAACUGUUCUUUUCUCCAGUUUCUGCCUUGUGCUUUGACCUGGAUUGCAUUAUUAUUGUUUAUGUGAAAACAGAAAAAAAGGAAAGCACAAGCUUUUCCUAUAUAUUUCCAUUUUAAAAUAAAAACAAUUUUUUACCAACAACAGCGGUGUAUUAUUCUUUCUCAGAAGUUCCCUUAUUCACCAACUGUAUAGAGAUUUUUUUUAAAGCAAAAACAUAAAAGGAAGGAUGAGACAGCAUCCAUCAAUAUUUUAAACCUUAUGGCUACUUUUUAUUUCUGUUCUUAUUGCUGUAAGGUAAUAUCCUAACUUCAGUUGAGUUAUUAUUUGGCUUGCACCUUUUACAAAGCUAACAUUUAUAAGACAGUUGUUUUUAAUAUCUAAAAUAUCUCCUUAGCAAGGAAACCUGAGCAAUCUGUCAUUAAACUAUUGUUUUAUGAAAUAAACUUGAAUAUGCCAUAAAUAAAUGUGUUUUCCAAGAGGAGUCUGGUGAGAUUAAGUUGCCCCCAAGUUCGUGUAUGUAGGUUCUUGAUGUACUGUGUUCAGUAUGAAAAUAACAUUUCUUUUACAGCUAUUCCUUUCUUAAAACCUUUUAGCUCCUUUUAGAGAUAUGUUAAAUAAUUAUCCAAGCUAAUAAGUUAGAUUUUGUUUGCUCCCCUGGGUUUUUUGCAGUUCCAAUAUAAAAACACGUUGUGUCUCUUGUUACAGUCAUAUUUUUUACUGUAAACUGACAGGAUCCUGUUGGUGUCUGUAAUCCUAAUUCAUUUAAGAAAGACUACUACUACAGAAAGUGUAAAAAUUUCUCAAAAACUUUCCACAUGCCUCUGUGGAGAAAAAUAAAUGUCUUUAAAUAAA